AUGUUAUCGUUUAUAGAAUCAUUACUCGAUUACAUCAAAAUUGAUUUGGCCAAACACUAUUCAUCAUCGUUUACCCCUGAUAACUUUCAAUUUUUCUUAGUUAUUGGUGCGUCUCUAUUCUUUCUUUAUACCCCGACAAAAUUCCUCCUUUACGCGGUUCAAAAACCAACAAAACGGAAAGAUAGACGAAACUACCUGAGAUAUUUAACAAGAUUUGCCAACACUAUCUUCAACGCACUCGAUUACUUGAAGGAAAAUUACCUAAUGUCCAUGUACUCCAAACGCACAAAGUCCUUUCAGAAGCUGAAUUUAAGAAUACUCGGGAAACAUGCUAUGAAACAUGGAGGCAAUGUUGGAGGGUUGAUAAAUGAUGGUAACACAUGCUUUAUGAAUUGUGUAAUACAGAGCUUGGCCUCAUCCAAUGAUUUUGUCGAAUAUCUUGAUGAAAGAGUACGUUGUAUCAGUGAUAAUUACACCGAGACUAGCCAAAAUGAUACGCCAACAGCUAAUGAAGAAAGUAAUGACUCUGACAAUAAUACCGAUGAAAAAUCAAGUGCUUCUGGCUCGUUGUUCAACCGUUUAGGAUUAUCAUCAUCUUCCAACUCCUUGUCUGAGGAGAAAAAGAAACAUUUCAUCUACUCUUUGAGUAUGAUGUUAACAAAGUUGAAUUCGAAGCACGGGAAUACCAAUUCUGAUUAUAACCUCGCACCUCUUGCCAAGAAAAUGUCCAACGGUUUUGAAAAGCACAGUUUCUUAGGGUAUAAUCAAGAAGAUGCCCAGGAGUUUUUCCAAUUAGUUCUAUCUAAUAUAGAAAAAGAUUCUAAGACAAUCACUCCAGAAACAAGUGAUAAUAAGGAGAAAACUGUUAGCCUUACAAGAGAUGAUUUGGACAAACUUAACAGUAAUGUCGAUGGGCUUCUGAACUUUUAUAUUCCCGCAAUCCAAAUAGAUCCAUCAUUAGAAAAUGUCGAUCAAACGGCUUUCAAGUAUAAGUUUUUGACCCCGGCAGAUGGUUUGACUGUCGAAAGAAUCGGUUGUUUGAAAUGUGGUGAGACCGGUGGAUUACGUUAUUCCGUCAGCAGCGGUCUUAGUUUGUCGCUUCCAGAAAACUCUUCUUACAAGUCCAUAGAAUUGGAUUCUUUAUUGUCUAACUAUAUUAGUGAAGAGAUUAUUGAAGGAGUGGAGUGCGACCGUUGCAGUCUUGAAUACGUGGUUGAGUUUCUUACUAAAGAAUUGGAAUCUGAAAAUACUCCAGAAUUUUUAAAGACCAAAUAUCUCGAAAGAAUCGACGCUAUUAAAAAAGAAUUAGCCAAACCUAUCAUCAGCGAUGAAGUGGCAAAAAUUAAUAAAAGUAAAAACAUUAGAGAAAAGGGGAAAAAAUCUAAGCAGGCCUACAUUUCUAAACCUUCUGCUUACUUGUCUUUGCAUAUUAAUAGAUCUGUGUUUGAUUAUUCUACUGGAUACAUUAGGAAGAAUAAUUGCUCUAUUGAUUUCCCAACAAAGUUAGAUUUGAACAAAUAUGUUGCCAGCUACGAUGAUGUCAACCUUGAUGCUAGACUAUCAAUGAGAAAGCAAGACGAUUUGAUAAAGGCGAAAUAUGAAGCUAUGGGGCAUAAACUAGUCGGCGAAGAUUUGGAUGAUGUGCACAGUCCAAGCGCUACCGAAAGUUUGAAAAGUAGUGAAAGUGAAAUUUUUGAAGAAACUACCGGAAUAGCUGAUUCAGUAUCUGAUAUCGAAGACAUCAAAGUUGAUGAUGAGGCAAAGCAAAUGAAACAAGGAUCCAAUAAUAGUAAUCCUUCCAGCUCCUCAAAAAUUGAAGAGUUGGAACAGCAGAUAUCCAGUUUCUAUAAACCCGAGCUUGUUUACAAUUUGAAAGCGGUUAUCGUGCACUAUGGAACACAUAAUUAUGGUCAUUAUAUUGCUUUCCGUAAAUAUCGUGGCACUUGGUGGCGCAUAUCUGAUGAAACCGUUGAAGUUGUUGAUGAGCAACAAGUUUUAUCAACUCCAGGGGUGUUUAUGUUAUUUUAUGAAAAGCCGAAUGAGAAAGAUUCACAAUACGAAUUUGACUUAGAAUCUCUUGACAAUGAUGACCCAGAGUCGCAUUUGGAUGUGGAAAUUGACCCUCAAGCUUUGCAAAGAGUUAAAUUGGAUGGACCAAGUGAUACCAGCAGCUGCGAAAGUGACAGUGAUAGUGACAAUGAUAGUGACAAUGAUAGUGAAAGUGAUGACGAGAUUACCGAGGCAGAAAAACUUGAAGCAGAAAAAGAGCAAAGCAUGGCGAUUGCCACUAUUGGAAUCUGA